GAUCUGUCAGUUCGCCAGGGAGGAGAAAAUGGCCGCUGGGUGUGGCGAGGGAGCAGAGCAGAAAGCCGCGGCCUCCCACCCUCGCGUCCUCUGACACCGCCCGCGGCCGAGCCCGUUCCGCCCGAGCCGAGGGCCCUGUCCUCCGAGCACGCCGUGAGACGGUUUUGAAAUAAAGAGAGCAACAGCUUUCUGUGAAGAUGUCGGUUCUGAUAUCACAGAGUGUAAUAAAUUAUGUGGAAGAAGAGAACAUUCCCGCUCUGAAAGCCCUUCUUGAGAAGUGCAAGGAUGUGGAUGAGAGAAACGAGUGUGGCCAGACCCCGCUGAUGAUAGCCGCCGAGCAGGGCAACCUGGAGAUAGUGAAGGAGCUGAUUAAGAACGGAGCGAACUGCAAUCUGGAAGACCUGGACAACUGGACAGCACUUAUAUCUGCAUCUAAAGAAGGGCACGUGCACAUCGUGGAGGAGCUGCUUAAAUGUGGAGUGGACUUGGAGCACCGUGACAUGGGGGGAUGGACCGCUCUCAUGUGGGCGUGCUAUAAAGGCCGGACUGAAGUUGUAGAACUGCUUCUUUCGUAUGGCGCCAACCCGAGCGUCACUGGUCUGCAGUACAGCGUGUACCCGAUCAUCUGGGCAGCGGGCAGAGGCCACGCGGAGAUAGUGCAUCUUCUGCUGCAGAACGGCGCUAAAGUCAACUGCUCCGAUAAGUAUGGAACCACCCCUUUGGUCUGGGCUGCACGCAAGGGCCAUCUGGAAUGUGUGAGACAUCUGUUGGCCAUGGGAGCUGAUGUUGAUCAGGAGGGAGCUAAUUCAAUGACUGCUCUCAUUGUGGCAGUGAAAGGAGGGUACACACAGUCAGUAAAAGAGAUUUUGAAGAGGAAUCCUAAUGUCAACUUGACGGAUAAGGAUGGAAACACAGCUCUGAUGAUCGCCUCAAAGGAGGGGCACACGGAAAUUGUCCAGGAUCUGCUUGAUGCCGGCACAUACGUGAACAUACCUGACCGGAGUGGGGACACCGUGUUGAUCGGUGCUGUCAGAGGGGGACACGUGGAGAUCGUCCGUGCGCUGCUCCAGAAAUACGCCGACAUCGACAUCAAGGGCCAGGACAACAAGACAGCUUUGUAUUGGGCUGUUGAGAAGGGCAAUGCCACGAUGGUGCGAGACAUCCUGCAGUGCAACCCUGACACGGAGAUGUGUACGAAGGACGGCGAAACACCUCUCAUAAAGGCCACCAAGAUGAGGAAUAUCGAGGUCGUGGAGCUGCUGCUGGAUAAAGGGGCCAAGGUGUCCGCUGUGGACAAGAAAGGAGACACUCCCUUGCAUAUUGCCAUUCGCGGAAGGAGUCGGAAACUGGCAGAACUUCUUUUAAGAAAUCCCAAAGAUGGGCGGUUGCUUUAUAGGCCCAACAAAGCAGGCGAGACGCCGUACAACAUUGACUGUAGCCAUCAGAAAAGUAUUUUAACUCAGAUAUUCGGAGCCAGGCACCUCUCUCCUACGGAGACGGACGGCGACAUGCUUGGCUACGACUUGUACAGCAGCGCGCUGGCGGACAUCCUCAGCGAGCCCACCAUGCAGCCGCCCAUUUGCGUGGGCCUGUACGCACAGUGGGGCAGCGGGAAGUCUUUCUUACUCAAGAAACUCGAAGAUGAAAUGAAGACUUUCGCAGGGCAGCAGAUUGAACCUCUGUUUCAGUUUUCAUGGCUCAUCGUGUUUCUUACCCUGCUGUUUUGUGGAGGACUCGGUUUGGUGUUUGCUUUCACAGUUGACCUAAAUCUUGGAAUAGCAGUGUCACUGAGCUUCUUGGCUCUCUUGUAUAUAUUCUUUAUUGUCAUUUACUUUGGUGGACGAAGGGAAGGGGAGAGUUGGAAUUGGGCCUGGGUCCUCAGUACCCGACUGGCAAGACAUGUAGGCUAUUUGGAGCUCCUCUUCCAGCUGAUGUUUGUGAAUCCACCAGAACUGCCAGAGCAGACAACGAAAGCUUUGCCUGUGAGGUUUCUGUUCACGGAUUACAACAGGCUGUCCAGUGUGGGUGGAGAGACCUCGCUGGCGGAGAUGAUCGCCACCCUGUCAGACGCCUGUGAGAGAGAGUUUGGCUUUUUGGCCACCAGGCUUUUUCGAGUAUUCAAGACUGAAGAGACUCAGGGUAAAAAGAAAUGGAAAAAAACGUGUUGCCUCCCGUCUUUCGUCAUCUUCCUCUUCAUCCUUGGCUGCAUUGUUGCUGGGACCACUCUCCUGGCUGUGUUCAGGGUUGACCCGAAACACCUGACGGUGAAUGCUGUCCUCAUAGCAAUGGCGUCUGUGGUGGGGCUGGCCUUUGUGCUCAACUGUCGGACGUGGUGGCAAGUGCUGGACUCUCUUCUGAACUCUCAAAGAAAACGCCUCCAUAACGCCGCCUCCAGAUUGCAUAAAUUGAAAAGUGAAGGUUUCAUGAAAGUUCUGAAGUGGGAAGUGGAACUGAUGGCCAGGAUGGCGAAAACCAUCGACAGCUUCACUCAGAAUCAGACGCGGCUGGUGGUGAUCAUCGACGGGUUAGACGCCUGCGAGCAGGACAAGGUGCUGCAGAUGCUGGACACGGUCCGGGUUCUGUUUUCCAAAGGCCCAUUCAUUGCCAUUUUUGCAAGUGACCCACACAUCAUCAUAAAGGCGAUUAACCAGAACCUCAGCAGUGUGCUUCGUGACUCGAAUAUCAACGGGCACGACUACAUGCGCAACAUCGUGCACCUGCCCGUGUUCCUGAACAGUCGUGGGCUGAGCAGCGCCAGGCGCUUCCUCGUGAGCUCGACAGCGAACGGGGACGUUCCGUGUCCGGACGCGGCAGGGCUGCAGGAAGACGCUGACCGAAGAGUCUCGCAGAACAGCCUCGGGGAGUUGACGAAGCUCGGCAGCAGGACAGCCCUCAAUCGACGGGACACGUACCGGAGGCGGCAGAUGCAGCGCACCGUCACCCGGCAGAUGUCCUUUGACCUCACCAAGCUGCUGGUCACCGAGGACUGGUUCAGCGACAUUAGUCCCCAGACCAUGAGAAGACUGCUGAACAUUGUGUCUGUCACAGGGCGGUUACUGAGAGCCAACCAGAUUAGCUUCAACUGGGACAGGCUUGCUAGCUGGAUCAACCUGACAGAGCAGUGGCCCUACCGAACUUCGUGGCUCAUAUUAUAUUUGGAAGAAACCGAGGGUGUGCCCGAUCAGACGACUCUGAAAACCAUCUAUGAGAGAAUAUCAAAGAAUAUCCCAACAACUAAAGAUGUGGAGCCGCUCCUUGAAAUCGAUGGGGAUAUAAGAAAUUUUGAAGUGUUUUUGUCUUCGAGGACGCCGGUUCUUGUGGCACGAGAUGUAAAAACCUUCUUGCCGUGCACUGUAAACCUUGACCCCAAACUACGGGAAAUUAUCGCAGACGUCCGCGCGGCCAGAGAGCAGAUCAACAUAGGAGGGCUCGCGUACCCCCCGCUCCCCCUCCACGAGGCUGCGGCGCGGGCGCCCUCGGGGUACAGCCAGCCCGCCUCCGUGUGCUCCUCCGCCUCCUUCAGCGGGCCCUUCGCGGGCGGGGUCGUGUCGCCGCAGCCCCACAGCAGCUACUUCAGCGGCAUGACGGGCCCCCAGCACCCCUUCUACAACAGGCCAUUCUUUGCCCCAUACCUUUACACGCCAAGGUACUGCCCUGGCGGUUCCCAACAUCUCAUCUCACGCUCAUCAGUAAAAGCGAAUUUGCCCAGAGAUCAGAACAAUGGCCUAGAGGCUAUCAAGGAGGACGCUGCCGAGGGGCUGUGUGCGCCCGCAGCCCCCUCGCGGGGGUCAGGCCCAGCCUCCGGCCCAGCGACGUCACUGAACGCGAUGAACGUGGACGCCGUGUGUGAGAAGCUGAAGCAGAUCGAAGGGCUGGACCAGAGCCUGCUGCCUCAGUACUGCGCCACCAUCAGGAAGGCAAACAUAAACGGCCGUGUAUUAGCUCAGUGUAACAUUGAGGAACUGAAGAAGGAGAUGAAUAUGAACUUCGGAGACUGGCACCUUUUCCGAAGCACGGUACUGGAGAUGCGGACUGCAGAGAACCAGGUGGUGCCGGAAGACCCACGGUUCCUGGGCGAGAACGCGGGCGGCGCCGGCGCCCACAGCGAGCCCGCCCGGCGCGCCUCGCACACGGAGCUGCCGCACACGGAGCUUUCCAGCCAGGCUCCCUACACGCUGAACUUCAGCUUCGAGGAGCUGAACACCCUGGGCCUGGACGAGGGGGCCCCGCGCCACGGGCAUCUGAGCUGGCAGUCACAAACUCGCAGAACUCCGAGUCUUUCGAGUCUCAACUCCCAGGAUUCCAGCAUCGAAAUUUCGAAGCUCACUGACAAGGUGCAGGCUGAGUAUAGAGAUGCCUACCGAGAGUACAUCGCUCAGAUGUCCCAGCUGGAGGGGGGCCCGGGGUCCGCCACGCUGAGCGGCAGGUCGUCCCCCCAUAGCACCUACUACCUGGGGCAGAGCUCCUCGGGCGGCUCCAUCCAUUCUAAUCUCGAGCAAGACAAGGGGAAGGAGAGCGAGCCGAAGCAGGAGGACGGGAGGAAGGCGUUCCUAAUGAAGAGGGGCGACGUCCUGGACCACUCCUCCUCGGGGGUGUCCACCAGCGACGCCUCGCCCCUGGACCCCAUCACAGAGGAGGACGAGAAGUCCGACCAGUCGGGCAGUAAGCUGCUCCCGGGCAGGAAGCCCUGCGAGAGGCCCAGUCUCUUCCAGACCGAUCUGAAGCUCAAGGGCAGCGGGCUGCGCUACCAGAAGCUGCCGAGCGACGAAGACGAGUCGGGGCCGGAGGAGUCGGACAAGACCCCGCUGCUCCGGGACGACAAGGAGGGGGGCGUGGCGGGCAAGGCGGAGCGCGCGGCCAAGUCGCCGGAGCACGGCGCCGAGCCGAUCCGCACCUUCAUUAAGGCGAAGGAGUACUUGUCGGACGCCCUCCUGGACAAGAAGGACUCGUCCGACUCGGGCGUGCGGUCCAGCGAGAGCUCCCCCAGCCACUCCCUGCACAACGAGGCGGCCGACGAGGCCCAGCUGGAGAAGGCGAACCUCAUCGAGCUGGAGGACGACGGCCGCGGCGCGGCUCGCGGGCUGCCGCACAGCUUGAGCGGGCUCCCAGAGCCCGCGCUGGCCCGCAUGUCCAUCUGCUCGGAAGACAAGAAGAGCCCUUCCGAGUGCAGCUUGCUGGCCAGCAGCCCGGAAGAGAGCUGGCCCACGUGCCAGAAGGCCUACAACCUGAACCGCACGCCCAGCACCGUGACCCUGAACAACAACAGCGCCCCGGCCAACAGAGCCAACCAGAAUUUCGAUGAAAUGGAGGGGAUGCGGGAGACCCCUCAGGUCAUCUUGAGGCCGAGUUCCGGCCCCCACCCCACCGCCAUGCAGAAUGAAAAUCUAAAGAGCAUGGCGCAUAAGCGCGGCCAGCGUUCCAGCUACGCGAGGCUCUCCAAGGAGUCCUCGGAGCUGCACGCGGCCGCCCCUUCUGAGAGCACAGGCUUCGGAGAGGAACGGGAGAGCAUCCUCUAGGGGCGGCAGCAGUGGCGCCCCUCACCUCCCGACAGCAUCGCCCUGCGCCUCCAUGCGCGCAGCACUUCCCCCUGUAGUACCGUUCACCCCAGAUGACGCGCGCAGGACUUUGGUGAGAGGGACCUGCGCAGAGCAGGCGUGGCAAUGAGGCGUCCUAACGAGGAGCCGCCCACCUCCCUGCUCUCCCUGGACCUCCCUGACCCCCAGCCCAGGCAACGGAGAUGAGACGGAUCGCACGUGCUGCUCCAUCCGCCCCAGAAAAGCAGUCCCCAGGCGCCCGUUUUGUAGAACACGCGAUUGUCAUUGGUAGAAGCCAGGGCGUGGAGCAAGUGGGAGGGGUUUAACCUAGGUCAGAAUUCGCGGGUUCUGCCGCAGCCCAGAACCUAGAGGCGCUCGCUCGCUCCACGGAGAACCAGCGUUGUAGGUAACAGACACGUUGCUUACCGAAGAGGUUUUACAUUUCCAGUAAGGAAUGGGCAGAGUGUUUUUAAAGCCGGAUAAGGGAGUGAGUCAGCAGUACCAGAAGCGGGUGCCCGGGCCCCAGGAGCUGUCAGGAGGGCAGGUGGGAGCGGGGCGUAGCGUCCGCUUCCCUGGAUUCUCUUCCCUGCCAGUCCCGGCCUGGCUGCCCGCGCGUUCGCCGGUACCCGGCGAGCCCCGGUGCCUCCUGCAACCUUCUCCAGGGGUGUGCGAGUCCUGGUUCCAGAGUCCAGGAGUCGGGCGCUGUGCUAAUAGGCGCUAAUGCUUGUGGGCCUGGGCGACUGGGGUACUUCCGUCCCGAAGGUCAGGGAGCACUGGUGAAUGGCAAGGACAUAGGAAAAGCCCGAAUCCUUGCUUCCAUGCCCGCUUGUCUUCUGUCUGUGCUGGGUCAGCACGUUCACGCUGGGGGAGGAGCCUGAGGAAGGAAAUGCCUUCUAAAAGGGGCUGUAAACAUCAAACAAAGCAAGAGUAGCAACAAGAUCAAACUGACGUAACCACGACUUCGUUUAGCAUUCGUUUGUUUAGCGUUAGCAGAGUUAAGAUGAUGAUCACAUUCAGUAGCGUGAGGACUGGAAGCUUCCCGGCCGUCACGCACUGAAAAUUGUUGUCGUUUUAGUGUAGCUCGUCUGCGUGGAGUGGACUCCGGCAGUGUGCGCUGAGCCCCAGGAGUGCAGGCCGUGACGUCACCGCGGCGCGGCACCUGGGGUUAGCGCUCCGCAGCCGCGGCUGUCCCGUGAUGGAUUUUUGUUGGUGUGCUGAUUAAAUUAUUUGCUUGGCCAGCCACUGUGGGUGCCCUUUUGUGUUUCAUUGUCUGCAUGUUUGAGUGGAAUUUAGCAUUUUAAUAAUAUGUUUAUUUUGCACGAUUUUCAACAAAUGUUUAAUUUAAGAAGGCAGUAUGAUAUAGACAUACAUGGAAGUGUUAGCAUUUUAAUAUUUAUAGUGUUCAUUAGUUUGCGGUAUUGUGUAAUUCCUGACUCUCUCAAAGGCAGUAUUUUGUUCCUUUUCAGAUGUGUGGUUGCAGGGUAAUGUCAUUGGAGAGUAUUCUUUAUACUGUUUGUGGAAUUAAUACUAAAGCAUUACAUGUACAAACAGACUUAGGAAAUAAUAAAACAAUGCAUGCUAUUCUGA